AGUUAGGUCCAGAGAGCCUCCCUCUGGUUUGCUACUGGAGUUUCACUUGACAAAGCCAGCGCUGCCAAUGUAGCACGACCACAGUACAAUUCAAACACACACAGCCUGUGCAGAACCACAGCAUAGCCAUGACGAGACGGCUGUCAGACGCGCUCCAAUUGAUUCUCAUUGUGGCCCUUGCAGGAACCGGAUUGACCGAUGGAAGGAAAUGCGUUUACUCGAUAGGAUCUCCGGACCACAGGGCUGUUGUCGACAUCGGCAAUGUGAACGGGACGGUGCAACACUGCGCCCGCACUGACUGCUGCAUCGCUGCUGUCCAUCUCUUAAACAACAACACAAACAUCACGACGCAAGGCUGCAGCGUCAUUCAGGGCAGCUGCACUGACCUGCUCUGCCUCUUGGGACCCUUGAGAAGAGGAAACAACACCUCCUGCGUCUGCAGCUCGGACCUCUGCAACUCCCAUGUCGCGUGGAGCCAGGAUGCUGAGGGUGCUGAGAGAGGAGAGGGGAGCAGACUGGCUCCCCUGGCCUGGGUCCUGACUGUGGGGGUGCCCCUGCUUUGCCUGCUGACCGGUGCCUGGAAGUGGAGAGACAGCCGCAGGAGACUGUUGGCGCACCAGCUUUCUCUGCAAGACCUCCCUCAGACUGAAAAGGUCCAAGCAACAACCUCACCUACCUCCCUGACCUCACCUCGCCUUGACCUCACCAACAUGGAGCUGCACCAGGUUAUCAACAGGGGGCGCUACGCGGAGCUGUGGAAGGGCUCCCUGGAGGGGGUCCCCGUGGUUUUCAAACUGUACCCCUCGGGGGGCUGCCGGUGCUACGACAACGAGAGCACGGUGUACGGCCUGGCACUGCUGAGGCACCCGAGCAUCACCUGCUUCCUUGGGGAGGGAGAGAGUGGGCAGAGUGGGGCGAGGGUGCUGGUGCUGGAGCUGGCUCAACACGGCUCUCUACGUGCGUUCCUGUCUCAGCACUGCAGCGACUGGGCUGGGACAGUGCGGCUGGCCCUGUCUCUGUGCCAAGGCCUGUCCUUCCUGCACUCUGAGAUCCACAGGGACGGCGUGUACAAGCCUGCCGUGGCUCACAGAGACCUCAGCAGUAACAACGUGCUAGUCAAGGCUGACCGGACCUGUGCGCUGAGUGACUUCGGCUCAGCCACCGCCCUCAACCUGAGACCUGGACCAAGACCACUCCGCACCCAGGAGGUGUGUGUGCAGGUGGGGACCCCUCGCUACAUGCCCCCCGAGAUCCUGGACGGCACUUUAAAUAUCCGGGACCCCUUAUCCUCCUUGCGGCAGGUGGAUGUCUACUCGCUGGGUCUGCUGGUCUGGGAGAUGACCACUAGAUGCACUGACCUCUGGACAGUCUCCCCAGUACCGGAGUACAGACCUGCCUACGAGGCUGAACUGGGUCCCAGUCCCUCGCUAGACGAACUGAUCCUGCUGGUGUCGGAGCGGAGAAAACGGCCCGCGCUGACUCACCUCUGCAGAGGAACCACCCUGGGCUGUGGCACUUUGAUGGAGAUUCUGAAGCACUGCUGGGAUAAUGACCCUGAAGCCAGACUGACUGCGCCCUGCACAGAGAAGAGGCUGAGCUCCGUGUAGCUGACUGAGCUCAUAACUUCACAGGAUCCCAAUGAUUCAGCUUCAGGAACGUGGCUAGUUAACCCUUGCUAACCCGUUCCAUACCCUCACCACUGUCUGUUUGAAGGACCCCUGCUUUCUAGAGUACUGCCUGUGCUGUAAUACCAUUGUGCAAUAAAAUAUACUGACUGUUAUUUUUGUAGUGCUUGUGUGAUGUACGCUAUAGUAUAUAAAUGUAAAGAUAAAAUUGAGAGAAAAAGUAUGAAAGAUAAUACAUAGAUGUAUAUUUUUAGAUGCACGGCGUUGUUACUAUAUAAUUACGUGUAUACCACAACUACCGCAGUUUUUUGCCCUAUACAGUUGAAACUGUUGUAUUAUGUCAAAGAAAGGGGCGUUUCCUCAGCUUUGAUUUCACUUCGUGCAUUGCAUCAUGCGUUUCUCUGAUUAGAAGAUACAGUUUGAAUAUUUUCCAUACAGGACCAUAUAGAAAAGUAAACAAUCGAACACUCCCUUAUCUCGUGUCUUGUGCGUCAUUGGAAUUCACUGCUGGCUUAUCCAAUGGGCGCUCGGGGCUGAGGACGCUAGCCAAUAGUAGCACACUAAGGGUGGGUUUGGAACCUGCAGGCUCCAGAGUGCAGGAUUCCGGAAGAGCAGGCAGCUGCAGUUCAAGUGGGCUCAGUAUUGCUGCGAAGCUCACCUGCAAGCUGCGGUAAAAGCAAGGAAGGAAACCAGUUCUGCAAUGUGGAACCCCAAUCAAGGUCAUCCAGGAGCCUGCCCCCCGGGGGGUCCCAUGCCCCCUAACCCUGCCUACCCUCCCCAGGUAUGCCCCCAAGGCCCGGGUCCAAUGCCCCCCCCUGGGAUUCCAGGUCAGCACCCCUACCCCGGUCCUGGAUCCUACCCGGGACCCUACCCUGGGGGUCAGCCCUGCCCUCCCGCUUACCCUGGAGGUCAGCCCUGCCCUCCCGCUUACCCUGGAGGUCAGCCCUGCCCUCCUGCUUACCCUGGGGGUCAGCCCUGUCCUCCAACCUACCCUGGGGGUCAAGCCCCCUACCCCUGCCCCCCAGGAGGGAUUCACCCAGGACACCCCCCUGGAUGUGGGGAUGACCACCACAAGAAGAAGAAGAAGGAAAAAAAGGCUCACAAGGAACAUAAGCAUGGAAAACACGGGCAUGGCCCGCAUGGGAAGCAUGGCCCGCAUGGGAAGCAUGGACCACAUGGGAAGCAUGGACCACAUGGGAAGCAUGGGAAGCAUUCCUCCAGCUCUAGCAGCAGCAGCAGCGAUUCUGACUGAUCUGGACAGAAGGACAGAACCAGGAAUCUACUGAAGACAGGCGCCGACACUGAACUGCACGCAUCAUCUAUUUACUAUACAACACAGAGAAACUAACACCAAUCAUGUUGAGCAGGAGCAAAUUAACAAGCACAGACUUGCACUAUCGCUGCCAACCAGCAGGGCGCGCUGUCUCUCCCAGUAACGGGCUUAGUUUAACCCCUGGUUGUCUUACCGUGUAAUUUUAUAGAGGUGGUUUUGAUAUUAGCAUCGAGUUUGUAUUUUUUUGGGGGGGGAGGGGGUGUUAAGCUACUUCUGAAUUGUUUUGUUUUUUUAGUAUGAAGUGGGAUUAUUAUUAUAAUAAUUAUUAUUAUUAUUAUUAAUAUUAUUAUUAUUAAUGCAUUGGGAUGGGAGUCUGAACUUGGAGUCAUAUGGUGAACCCACCCAUAUCCGCUUAGAUGACCACGUACACACAGGGUGUCUUCUUUCUGUGAUUGCUGUUUGAUGCUUACUUCUGACCUGCUGAAUGAAUAAAGGAGAUCUAUAGCCAUCCCAAA